AACAGACAAGACUUUUAUUACCAAGGUUUUGAGCACGGGAGAAUAAACGCACUUUUGACAAAGAUAUUCCGGAACGCAUGGAACAGGCAUGUCAAGCAAUUAGGAAUUGUUACAGGGAAGUACAAUGUACACUCCGAAACAAUUCCCGAACGCAGCCAUCUUGUGUCAAUGUGACGUCAAUUAUCACAUGGUUAAAUUUCAAAAGUCGUAAACAAACAAGAUCCAUAAUUAGUAUCUGAUACGAAAGUAUUAUUUUGAUGUGCUGAAAAACGAUAUAACUUAUAUUAAGUGAUUGUUUUUAUGUUUUCUAAUUAGGGAUGUUGAUUUUGCCAAAGAUAUAGAGUAAUAAUGAGUAUAUACCAAUUUAUUAUACCAAACAUAGAAAGAAUACUACAUAGAACAUCCACAUCAGUUUUUGCAAAUAUUAACAUUACAUCACAUAAAGGACAACGGCAGCAACGGUCUGUAAGUAACACAGCUGUGAAUGAAGCCGAGAAGAUUGUGGGUUAUCCCACGUCAUUUUUAAGCUUGCGAUGGUUAUUGAAUGACGAAGUGGCUAACAUUGCUCUACACUUGCGUAAGCUGAUUGGGACCAACCAUCCAUUGCUAAGUACAGCAAGGGAACUGAUAUUAAGUAAUCAAACUCCUAGAUGGGGCCUUAUUGUUUUAUUAGUAUCUAAAGCUGGAGGAUUAAAUAGAGAAUUCUCAAAGAUGGACUGUGAUGUAACAGCUGCAAAAAUUAAUACAACAAUUUUGUCCAGAGACAUACAAUAAAACGGUUUUAUUUUUUCUCGAAAACGAAGUGAGAUACGAAAAAAAUACAAGAGGCAUUCUGCACAGCCAGAGAGUGCUGGCAGAAAUAACUGAAAUGAUUCGGACCAGUAACAUCAUCCACAAAAGCAUCCUAAAUAUAUCUGCCAAUGAUGAAAAUCUGGAUGAACUGAACUUUGGAAACAAGCUCUCACUGCUCACUGGCGAUUAUUUACUCAGCACCAGUUUCCGAGAGUUGGCAGGGUUGAAGUGCCAUGAAGUGAAUGAUCUCAUAUCUACUUGUUUAAGGGAUUUGGUAGAGGCGGAGUUUAUCGAGCCGAGGGACGAGCAAAACAGACCACUUCCACAUACGCCAUCUUCUUGCCAGGAUAUUACAAUCCCAAAUCAUUUUGAAGAAGAUGUUCUAAAGGUGUCUGAUGCUCUGGGUAAUGCUAAGGCCGAAUGGACGUUGCGACAUUUACUCGAUGGAGCUAGCUUGUUAGCCAAAUGUUGCCAGGGUACCCUCAUGUUAGCAGAACAUCCAGAGUCCUUCCAAAGACUUGGAUACUUAUUGGGCCGCAACAUUGCGUUAGCUUGGCAAGCACACAACGACAUUUUGACCUUUAGUCCUAGUAAGACUGGUCCCUUUAGUCUUAUAUGUGCUCCACUGCUUUUCCAUUUGCAACAAUAUCCUGAAUACCAUGAAAAAAUUAUGGAACAAGUGAAGUGCGGUACACUCGAUUAUGAUAAGGUUCGAGAUGUCGUGCGUCAAGGUUCGGGAAUAGAGAAAACCAUGGAGUUACAACAAGAAUUAGCUCAAAAUGCAUUGGACGUACUCGACGAGUUCCCCGUGACCGAUGUCAGACUGGCUCUUAAGAAUAUCAUAAAUUCUAUGAAAACACUUUUGCCAUAACGAUAUUAAUUUUAUUUAUCAUUACCAAAGAUCUUACUCCCAAAUAGUAUAUAGUCAUGUGAGAAAUAGUUGACUGCAAGUAAACAAUGUGAUUUUUGAUUAGUCUUGAUUAUUUUCAUAAAGGGGUAAUUGUGAUCAUGAAUUUUACAAAAAUAACCAGUGUAGAUGUUGUACAGAUUUUAGAAUGUAUAAUUUUAGAUCUCCAGAUGUGUAAUAUAUAGAGUAUUCUGCAA